AUGACUUCCUUGGUCAAGGCGGCCGUUCUGGCUCUGGCUCUCUCUGCUCAGGUCGAUGCCGCUCAAUACUUGUUGGUGGAUGAUUUCUCCGGGCCCAAUUUUUAUAACAACUUUGACUUCAUCACUGUAAAUGACCCAACUGGAGGAUUCGUCGACUACCAAACUCAAGCUGCAGCGCUUUCCAAAGGACUGAUCGGAUACAAUCCAACAGCAAAGCGAUCAUAUAUGGGAGUAGAUUCCGCAAAGGUCCUAUCACCAGUUCAGAGCGCCACAAAUCGCGGACGUGCAAGUGUCAGAAUCGAGUCCAAGAAGAAGUACACCCGAGGCAUGUUCAUCGCCGACUUGUACCACGUACCACAACAAGCGUGUGGAGUCUGGCCAGCCUUCUGGACCGUAAGUCAUGACAACUACCCCAGAUGGGGUGAGAUCGAUAUAUUCGAGAACAUCAACGAGAACACACAAAGUCUGCACGCCUUGCACACCGACCACUCAUCCGUAUGCACAAUCCCAGGAAACAGAGUAGGCGUCCGUCAGACCUCUUUCACAUCCUCGUACAACUGCGACGAUACAGCGACCACUGGUCCGUUCGGAACAACUCAGAGUGUGAACCAAGGCUGUGCAGCAACAACCACCGGAAACGGCAAUUACGGAUCCUCCUUCAAUGCCAAUGGAGGUGGAAUCGUAGCCAUGGAAUGGACCACCAAGUUCAUCAAGAUGUGGACGUUUCCUCCCACCGCCGUACCAGCAAAUAUCAAGAGCGGCAAGCCAGAUACCUCGACAUGGGGAACUCCAUCAUUCACAACUGAGGGAGGAAACUGCAUCAUGAACGACCAUUUCAGGGAGCAUAAUAUUGUUUUUGAUACUACUUUCUGUGGGAAUUAUGCUGGGCAGGAUUAUUUCUGGAAGCAGACGAGCUGCUAUAAGAAUAACCCGACUAAGUAUGCCAAGUGCGCUGACUAUGUUGCGGCCAACCCUGCUGCGUUCCAGCAGGCGUACUGGAUCAUUAACAGUGUGAAGGUGUACCAGUGGCAGUUUUAGAGUCUGGAACAUGUGGCUCAUUGAGGGCUUCUGCUUUUUUUUUUUGCUUGGAGAUGUGGUUCUUGCAUCGCAUGGGCGUUAUGAUGAGCGAUCUUUGAUGAUUGAGAUGGUGUUUCCUGCUACUAGAUAGAUAUCCAUAUAAUCAACACCUUCGGCGUCCCUGUGUUUGGAAACAGCCCAUACCCAAGUGCAACCCUCAAAGACACAUCCUCGCUUCUCUCGCCUCCUCAUUGAGGAGCUGCUGCACAGCAUUAUCGUUUCCGUCAGGAGCCUUCUUUUCUAACUUAGAUAACGAGAAAUUGUCUUGGGCGCCUCGGAGAGCAGGACAAGCGUUUGGGAGCGAUUUCAGCGUGACUUCCAACUAACCGUGGUCCAUGUGGGCGAGCUAACGGAACAUGUUAGGGAUUUGCGGAUGGAGAGAUGUGGAUUGCUGGGGUAGAGGCUGAAAUUUUGAACUCGUGUGAGAGAGCUGGGGCGUGGGAAGUUGCGGAGACGUACCUGGCUUCUACUACUUGAUUAGACAUUGUACACAGUAGGGAGUGAGGCUAGAGCUUGGUGUUUGACGACUUACAUCAAGAAGAUUAGGAAAGAUCGUAAACAUUUUUGCAGACGAUGAUGUCGUGUUUGGUGAUAUAUUUCCUUCUCC